AUGUUACGCCAUUUUCUCUACAAAAAUAUAUUUUAUUUGAAUUUAGAACGACAUUCAAGUUUGUCUGAAUCAAAUAGUACGUCUAUUUUACGUCAUCGUCCUCCACUUCCAAUACCAGACGAAAGAUAUUUGAAAUUAAAUGAAAAUAAUCAAAGAGAAAUUCAACGAUGCCAUCGUUCUGCGAGUUCUCCAACGGCAGAUAAUAUUUAUCUUUCAGUAACAAAAAGUUCCCAAUGUUUUAUUAAAGGAUAUUAUGAAACAAAUACUAAAUCUCAGUCAAAUCUUGAAAUAGAGACAGAAAAAGAUAAUUCAACAUCAUUAGAAGAUAAAUCAUUUACAUGGGCUGAUAUUUUUUAUGCAAAUGAACGCAAUGAUCAUGCCAAUAUUCUGAAUACAAUUUGUCAAAUUGGAGCUUUUCUUGUUCGACCUCAUUCCAUAAAAAGUAAUUCAAAUCAUCAUGAUCAUACAUUAAGUAUUUAUGCAUAUGGAGAAAUAAUUAAAUAUAAAAUUUUAAUUUUAUCGAAUGGUAAAUAUAGUUUAGUAACUAAUAAUAGUCAACCAUGUUUUUUUACAAUUCCUGAUCUUUGUCAAUAUUAUACAAAUCAUGAAUUACCACGUUCAACAUUACGAGUCAAUUCAAUAAAAGAAACUGUUGAAAAUAUUUAUCUUGAACGGCCAUAUACUUAUUAUGCAUAUCAUUAG